GUAGUCAAUUGGGACCGUUGGCAGAAAAGUAUUUGGAAUUUAGAAAAUCAAACGAAAGAAUAUUAGGAACUCCGAGCAUCGCCUUUGAUUAGUCAAGUCAAAGUUAUGAGCGUGUACUAGGUGAUAGUUAGCAAUGAAAGCGCCUCUAAUCUGAUAUGGAUGGAAAGAAUAGGCGCUCUUUUGCAGCCAAUGUUUACCAUUACUCAUAUAGGGAUGUUCACGUGAUACAUGGUCAGCAUACUUAUAAGCUGACAAAUGGUUGCAAUUUGAUUGGUUGAAUAUUCACGUGAUGCGAAUCGUACAGGUGAUUAUAUUUUGUGGUAGUAACUGAUAACAGAAACUAUAAAUAUGAUUCAAGUUUCUCUUAAAAACCAGAAGUCCUUUCCUUUUUCUUGUUAUCAAAAAGACUUUUCUUUUAACUUUCAUAACUACUACUACUACUUAUAAUAAUAAUGACUUGUUCAUCUGCUGAAUGUGUAUGUGCUAAGAAGUCCACUUGUUCUUGUGGUGCCCGUCCUGCCCAACAAUGCAACUGUGACAAGGCCACUGUUGAAAAUGUCGCUCCUGCUGCUGGUGAUGCCUGUGUGUGUGGAAAGAGAAACAAGGAUGCUUGUACUUGCGGAUCUCACUCUCACUGUGACGGUCACAGAGAAGGUGAAACCGAUUUCACUAACUUGAAGUAAUUGGGAUAAUAAAAUGGUAGAUGCUGGUUCAUAAAAUGUUCAUAAAUUAAUAUAAACUGUAAUAUUACAACUAACUAGAGAUUUCCUUUCAACUUGCACUAAGCAUACGUGUAAACGCUAAUGAUAUAGCGAUGGUGUAGGCCAAGGUAACUCCGAAAUUCGCACCCGGACAAUGUCGUAGCAAACCGAGCAAAAAAAAAAAAAUCCAAAACGCAACUGUAAUGUAACAUCUUCCUUCACAGGCUGUAACCACCAACACAGUUGACCAUGGCUCGAUUAUCAGGAUUGCAAAGAGAAGUACUAAAACUAUAUCGCCAAUGCGUACGAACAGUCAAGACGAAACCGCCAUCUGCGCAAGAACAUUGGCGGAAAUUCAUUCGGGGUGAAUUCAAGCGAUAUCAACAUUUGACCAAGAAAGACUUUGGCGCUAUCGAGCACUUGAUACGAGUGGGUCAUAGACGAUUCGAGAUGUUGCUGGAUCCCCAAAUCAAAGAUAUCAAUGGCUAGCACGAGUCUCAUUGCAUGUACAUAGCAUACACCUUAUUUAUUAUAUACAGUCCUUUCACAAUACAUUUUGCAAAUACGUUUAUCCAAAAGAGAUUAGUACAUUUAUAAUCCAAAUGUGCAUUACGUUUAUAUAAUCCAAACAAUUAAACUGUCUAUGUAUGGCAAACAAAAAAAGAGAAUAACUCAAUCAUCCCAGGUACCCAGCAAACACUUCUUCACAUUCAGUCAACAAACAUUCAGUACUGUCGUUUCUGGCCCCCAUAUCGGUCAUUUCUCGUUCUCCAGUAGAAUCUCUGGCCAAAGUCGGGGCAAACACCACCGCCAAAUUCUUGAAUCCCAUUCGGUUCACAUUCUGCAUCGAACUAACCAACUUCAAAUGGUUGCACAAUAACCACAAUGUGUGUCUAUUUGCCCGUGGCAAUUUGUAAAUUACCUUCUUCAACUCUUGUGCCCGGCGUUCUCGUGGAUUAGAGGUAGAUACCCGAAUAAACUCAUCAUAUAAACCGAAUGGGAUUAUUGGAUCAUUUAAUUUGCGUAAAUACCUCUUCAACGCUGAUGUAACGGCAUUGAUAUCCCCCGACAUCAACUCUUCCAACUUCUUAUCUUCAGUGACACCUGGUGCUAAAUUGGCAAAUGCGGUUUCAAUGGCAACUAUAGUCGAAUUACCACCGGAAAUUCUGUAUAUCCCUUCAGAUUCUAACCCGCGGAGCUCAACCACAGAAAUACAUUUGGUUAUAAUAAAUGGAACUUUUGUCCCUUCAUAAUCAGCUCGAGCUUGAAUAGUACUAGAAAACAAAUCAUGGCUCUGUUGAUGAUCACCCAAAAAUGAGUCGAGAAUAUUGGUGGAAAUCGAACGGUGGAAUUUACUUCCAGAUACACUGUUGCUAACUGGUUGGCUGAUUCGUAAUCCUUGGGCCAGGAAACUGGAAGGUACACUACUAGUACUUGAUUGUGCUGAUUCAGGAAUGGUAGCCACUGGCGCAUUAGUAGUAACCAAGUUCUUUUGGCGUCUCCAGAACCUGAGUCUAGUGGCUUUAUGAGAUUGUUCAUCUUCAUUAGAUGUUGUGGAUUCACCAAGGGUAGUCACGGAUUCGGCAAGAUCAGUAGGUUUAUUCAAAGGUGAACUUGAAUCAGUUUCUAUACUUGAAGAUCUGGUAAGCUUGUAAUGUCGAUUUUGUUCCCGUAAUUGGUUAUUCUCUUCAGUCAAUCUUGCCUUAGUGCCUUGUAAUUCGGCAACCUGUUUAUGGAGCUCAUUCAAUUUUGACUCUUCAAACGUAACCUGUUUCAGAAGUUUCCUCAACAGUUCUUCCAAUUGCAGCCUCUCAACCUUCAACGUAAUUAACCCAGUUUCAAGUUCCAGCUUGGUAGACAUAAGUGAAGAAAUCUCAGCUUUAAUACCAGCAAUCCCCAAAUUACUGGGCUCGUUGACAAACUCAAACCCAGGCACUUUAUCUUCAUCAAUAACAUCGGCCCUAGCAAAACUUCCAUUAAAACUAUUGCGAUUAACCAACGGUGGAGUACUAAAUGCGGUUCCAUUGAGACUGUGAAUUGAACUUUCACUCACUUUUCGGGAAUGCGUCUUGCUGUCCACACCAUCCUUUUUGAAGAAAUUAAACUUAUUCAAAGAAGAAGGAGUCGAAGUUGACCCAUUUGAGGACGUACGACGAUGCUUCAAACUACGGAUAAGUGAUGUCUUUCUCGUUAAUUGUUGUUGCUGCAGAAGCAGCUGUUGUUGAGUUUGCUGCAAGGCGUCGCCUGUUUGUUGAAUUCUAGGUGUGAUCGGUACCG